AUGUCAGCGGAAACCGCAAAAGCACCAGUUGCAACGCCUGCAAACCCUGCCCCUGAUGACAUAGCGAGUUUACAGGUUUCUUUACCUCAAAUGUUGGAUCUUGCACUCGGAACUCCAGAAGUUGGAGUUGUAAAUUUGAACAUUCUGCACCACUUCUUGCACAUUUUACUGCAUCAAAUUAAUUUGCGAACAACUAAAGUUGAAUAUCGUGGCGAGGAUGCAAAUCGAAUCAAAACGAUGGUAAGCUCUCUGAAAGCAGGUCCUUCGCUUCAUCUCCAGGAGUACAGUAUUAUUAGUGGUGCCAACGAUGUGAAACAACGCGUUCAGAACGACGAAUCUGCAAGUUUGAACGUCGAUGUAGUUGUAGAUGGUACGAACAAGUCUACUCAAGAAGAUGCAGAUCUAAAAACAGCCAAAGGUACAAGACAGAAAAUUAGUCCUGGGGUGAAUGGCGAACCGGAAACGGUCAUUUAUGUGGAACCACUUGUCGAUGGUUCGACACCUACAGCAUUAGGAUUCAAACGCCUCGAACAAUCCGUGAACGAACUUCGUCACCAAUUUCAUGUUCUGGAAGAAUUAGCAACAACCCCUGAACUCGUGGAACGUGUGAAGGGUAAAGUCACCGACCCUGUGACCGACGUUUGGCAAAUUAUCAAUAUAACAAAAAGAUUGGAUGCCACUGAACAAGGUAUUGAUAAGUUGACAAAAAUGAUGCAAGACGUGAUGAAAGGGGAUAUAAGUUUCGAGGGGGAGGAAACGUCCCAACUGGACGACAGAUUGGCGAAUGUAGAAACCGACCUCGAAAACUUGAACCGGAUUGUCAAGAACUUGCAAAUAAUAUCCGACAGCGCUGAGGAUAAUGGCGAAGAAAUUUUACUCCAGGAAGCACCGGUCACUGCGAAGGAGAAUGGACAACCGACCCAACGGGUUUCGUUAACUCAGCUUUUAGGUGGAAUAGACGUGAAACAGAUGAAUCAAGACGUGGCCACGUUGCAAGGGCAAGUUACUCAAAUGAAAGAAGAACUACAGAAUUUGAACAUAAAGAUUCAUAAAUCAAAAAGUGAGCACGAACUUUCGAAAAAAUCGCAAGUAGAUAUCGAUGCAUCAGCAGAAGAAACAGAGCCAGAAGAAAAGUCAGAAAAGCAUGCGGAAGGUGUUAAGGAAACACCCAAGGAAACUAAACCGGCGCCUAAAGAUCCUUCCAAAGAAAAACAGGUGGAAUCAACACCGCGAAAGAGUACUUCAGAAGCUGUUGAAGGUGCAGAUGCAAUAGAUUCAGAACAAUUACAAGAGAUGAGAGAGCGUAUCGGUAAAUUGGAGAAGGAUGUGUCAUGCUUGUUCGAGAAAGUUGAAAGUGCACCAAUGGCUGGAGUGAGCGGCAAUGCUGAACUCGAUGAUUUAGUCUCGAAAAUUCAAGGAAUUCAAAUUGACAUGGAUAAACUGAAUCAAACUGCAGAUCACCUCAUUGAUGAUCAAGAAAAUCGUGAAAUACAUCUCAACGCCUUGCUAGAGCAAGUGGAACUACUGAAAACUAUUAAAGCGGACAGAGAGGAUCUCGAAGACGCUCUUGCCGACAAGGCUGACGCUCAGGCGAUAACCAGAAAAGUAUCGUACGAUCAAUUCGAUGCAGCCUGCGAUGACCUGGCGCAAGGUCUAGAAGACGCGAUUAACAAAUUAGGAAAGCAGGAAUCAAUUUGGCAGCAAGCUAUGGACGAAGUGCAAAGGGAGAUCGAGGGAAAAGUUGACAAAAUGGAAAUGACACCGUUGAAAGACUUCGUAAGCGCUAAAUUAAAGUCGCUUCAAGAAAAAGUAAAGAACGUUGCGCAAAUGAGACAAGAAAGCGAAGCUGCCGGAACGAAGAAAUUACUCAAGGAUGUUCAGUGUAUAUCAUGUGACAAGAACGUGGUCAUGAAAAUGGAGGAUUCUCACAGAUUUAGAUCAGAAACGUUACCUUGCACUGGGAGCAUGAAGCCGUAUCUAACUUAUGAAUUAGAUCAAGUUAGAAAGCAGCAUAGAAGGUUGCCUCACAGUAGAAACAUGCUUCAGUUUGAGGCAGCCUUGCAGGAAGACGCGAAAAAGCAAAGGAGCGCGAAAGCCGAUACUCUAGUGAAGACACCUAGAGAUCAUCUAUGCAAUCGAUAUUGUGGCGGAAGUCACACAGUCACGACUCCUCAACAGAGAGUAAUGCGAGUGGGUCAUUUCCUGACUCAGUGGGGACCGGAAAUAAUCCAGCUGACGGAAGGAAUGAUAAAGGGAACGGAUGGUAAAAUGUAUAAAAGUCGACCAAUGCCGGGUAAAUUCGAUGUCUGUGGACCUGGUUAUUGCCAGGAUCGUGGUGACGAAAUUCGACUAUCGAUGAAAGUUCCAUCAACUCCUCAAGAACAACGGAAGAUUAGUGAAAAACAAUCCAAUGGAAGGAAAAAGACAUCAAGGAGAUCAUCUCGAGAAUUAACCAGUGAAGUAAUAGAAGAGCUCGCAGAAACUCCUAGAGAAAGGGACAGGAAUGCAUCAGAGUUUGCAACAUAUGAAACUUCUGAUCGAGGUGUUCGGUACAUGAAUGAGGAUGAUAUGGAAGAUUUAGAGUAA